AUGCCGUCGGUGGACCAGAAGCGCAUCGCGGAGCAGCUCAAGACGGAGGGAAACAAGCUGUUCAGGAUGGGGAGAUACGAUGCGGCCGCAGAUCAAUACACAGAAGCUCUUGCACUUUGGCCAGGCUGGACAGUGCCUCUGGUGAAUCGUGCAUUCUGCCACAAAAAGAAGGGCAACUGGACAGGUGUGGAGAGGGAUUGCAGGAAGGCACUGGAAAUCAAUGCUGGCGAAUUCAAGGCGCAUUAUUUUCUGGGCCAGGCACUGGAGCAGCAGAAUGCCUACACGGAAGCUGUGUCUCAUCUUGCUAAGGCUCUUGAGACUGCCAGGGAGAAGGAUGACAGCAUAAAGGACGAGAUAUGGAAGGAGCUGGCACGCAUAAAGUAUGGAGCCUGGCAACAGCAGGCCGCAGCACGGGCAGCCGAACGGGCCAUGCUGAGGCAGCAGCUGGACAAGAUGCUAUCAGAGAGGCACGACAGGGAGUUGAACGUUGCUACUGAUGUCGAUGCCCUGCGGGAGAAGCAUGCACAGGAUCGCAAGGCCUGGGACCGCCUUUUCGAGUUGGCAGCCCGGCAAGAUGAGCCUGAGGAGAUACCCAACGCCUUCACCUGCAGGCUGACGAUGGACGUUUUCAGGGAGCCCGUCUGCACUCCCUCAGGCCUGUCAUACGAGCGGACAGCUCUGUUGGAACACUUGCAGAAGGUUGGCAGCUUCGACCCUGUGUCUCGCGACCCCUGCACGGCAGACAUGAUCAUCCCCAACUUGGGGCUGAGAGACGCCACCCAAGAGUAUCUGGAGGAGCACCCCUGGAGUUGGAAGGAGUGCCUGUAG